AUAAUUUUAUUGUAAAUAAUUUUUAGAUAAAUGAUCAAUUGAUUUAUUCGUUUAUUUAUAGCAUCAUUUUGUAACAAAGGAUAAGAAUAUUCUUGAUUUUUUAAUCGUGUAGAAAAGGUUAGGUUACAGAUAGAAAAGGAAAGUAGGGGAGAUGCCCAUGUGAUAGCGCCAAGCUCAUAUCUUCUCAUUCCAUUCUGAAGACAACGUGCGGUCACGCCGUGUCGAUUUUCAACUACUUCUUAAAAAGCUUCAUCGUCGUUUCUAUUUAAAAGUGUCCUUCGUUGCGAAAUAAAAGAUGUAUAGAUUACCAAGCAUGAUGCGCUCUGUAGCUCUGCGCCAAAUGCAGCUGCAGACACGAACUUAUGCUAAAGAUGUUAGAUUUGGAGCAGAAGUACGAGCAUUGAUGUUGCAAGGUGUAGAUAUUUUAGCAGAUGCCGUAGCUGUGACAAUGGGCCCUAAAGGACGUAAUGUUAUUCUGGAACAAAGUUGGGGUAGCCCCAAAAUUACUAAAGACGGUGUAACAGUAGCUAAAGGAGUUGAAUUAAAAGAUAAGUUCCAGAAUAUUGGAGCAAAAUUAGUACAGGAUGUGGCUAAUAAUACCAAUGAAGAAGCUGGAGAUGGAACUACAACGGCUACUGUUUUAGCCAGAGCAAUAGCUAAAGAAGGUUUUGAAAAGAUUAGUAAAGGUGCUAAUCCUGUUGAAAUCAGAAGAGGAGUAAUGUUAGCCGUCGACAAAAUUAAAGAAGAAUUAAAGCUUUUAAGCAAACCUGUAACAACAUCUGAAGAAAUUGCUCAAGUAGCCACUAUAUCUGCUAAUGGAGAUAAGACUAUUGGAAAUCUAAUUUCUGAUGCCAUGAGAAAAGUUGGUAAUGAAGGUGUUAUUACAGUGAAAGAUGGGAAGACCCUUCAUGAUGAACUUGAAGUCAUAGAAGGAAUGAAAUUUGAUAGAGGAUAUAUUUCUCCAUACUUCAUAAAUUCUAGUAAAGGUGCCAAAGUAGAAUUUCAAGAUGCAUUAUUACUCUUUAGUGAAAAGAAAAUAUCAUCUGUACAAAGUAUUAUACCUGCUUUGGAGUUAGCAAAUACACAGCGCAAGCCACUUGUUAUAAUUGCAGAAGAUAUUGAUGGGGAAGCAUUGUCAACUUUAGUUGUUAACAGAUUAAAAAUUGGAUUGCAAGUAGCUGCAGUUAAAGCACCUGGUUUUGGUGAAAACAGAAAAGCAACUCUGCAAGAUAUGGCCAUUUCUACAGGUGGUAUAGUUUUUGGAGAUGAUGCAAAUCUUGUUAAACUGGAAGAUGUACAGUUAAGCGACUUAGGGCAAGUUGGAGAAGUUGUCAUUACAAAGGAUGAUACACUCUUCUUAAAUGGUAAAGGGAAGAAGAGUGAUAUUGACAGAAGAGCGGAACAAAUUAGAGAUCAAAUUAAUGACACCACAUCUGACUAUGAGAAAGAAAAAUUGCAAGAACGACUUGCAAAAAUUACAACAGGUGUAGCAGUUUUAAGAGUUGGUGGAAGUAGUGAAGUAGAAGUUAAUGAAAAAAAGGACCGUGUUACUGAUGCAUUGAAUGCUACUAGAGCUGCUGUCGAGGAAGGUAUUGUACCUGGAGGUGGAACUGCUUUGUUAAGAUGUGCUCCAUCAUUACAACAAUUAAAAGCAUCCAAUACUGAUCAAGCAAUAGGUAUCAAAAUUGUAGCGAAUGCUUUGAGAAUGCCAUGCUUGCAAAUUGCUCUAAAUGCAGGUGUAGAUGCAAGUCUUGUUGUUGCAAAAGUCAGCGAUGGAAAACUUGGCUAUGACGCAUUAAAUGACGAAUAUGUUGAUAUGAUAGAAAAAGGUAUUAUUGAUCCUACUAAAGUAGUACGCACAGCACUUACGGAUGCAGCAGGAGUUGCAUCAUUGCUUACGACUGCAGAGGCAGUUGUAACUGAAUUGCCUAAAGAAGAAUCACAAACACCAAUGGGUGGUAUGGGUGGCAUGGGUGGCAUGGGUGGUAUGGGUGGAAUGGGCAUGUAAUAAAAAGACUGAUUAUUCUACACAAUUACAAUUGAAAUCUGUAGAAUCAGUUCAAAUAUCAAGUUAUUGUUUGAACAGUUAAAAUAAGAAAGAGGUAAAGAUCGAUCGCUAUAAUGGCCAUGGAGUCAUAACAGUACGUUCCAUUGUUUUUUUUACGCGUUUGUAAACGUUACGUCAAAUACAUACACAUAUUUCUGAAAAAUCACGAAAAUUCUCUUUUUGUCAAAUGAUUUGAAUAUAAUGCAAAUAGCAUGUAAUGCUGCAGGUAAUAUAAUUUAUGUACAAAAAUAUGUUACAUUAUAUAUGUCCAGUGUUAAUACUCAAACGAUUUGAGUAAAAAAAUAUUUGAAGUAUUUUUUGUGUCUAUAUUACUUUUAUAUUCUAUUUAGCUAUUUUGGUUAUAUAAUCCAAAUGAAGAGCAUAAAUCCUUAAGAUCUACUUAAAAUAAAAAUUGUACAGAAUUUCAAUAUAUAUAUAUAACGAAUAACGUUGAAUACGCACAUGCGUAACUCGAAAUUAAUCAUCAUUAUAUGCAUAAAAUUUUUGUAUUUUCGUAAAUAAGAAUGAAAAUCUAUAUAAUUUACAUCUUCAAAUAGUAAUCUCUGUUCUUUUCAUUUUUCGUUUUUUACUUUUGUCAAUAGCAUAGUUAUUUUCAUUUUUUUAGUUUCAAUAAAUGGAAAAUAAUUUUA